AGAAAUGUGCAAUGUGCAUUGUAUCCGUACAGAGGACGGACUAACUACAUACAUGGGACCGGUCAUAAUGACAUCUCGUUUAUGCAGUUUGUUGUUUACACUGAGAGAUAAAGAAAUGUCUCUCCAUGGAAUGGCAUGCUGCCUGUCCCCCUGUGCUUGUCUCCGUACUAUGCAGUGUUCACCUGGCAACCCCUAUCGGAUUAUGGUUAACGUGGUGCUGUCUAGUUUGUUUCAUAUUUGAUGGGGGUUCAGGGAGGCAAGAAAAGUUUAAACCGGAGAAAAUAUAUGAUAUCAGAUGCAGAAAAGGAGAGACUUUGUUUGUACUUUGUUGUGUGUGUGUGUGUGUGUGUGUGUGUGUGUGUCUUUCUUGCUGCCUACUGUAAUUUGUGUUUGAAUGCUACUACUACUAGUCCACCAAACUAUGCUAGUGGUCUCAGAAGCC